AGCGGUGCAGACAGUAGCUAUAGCUACAGAGGGACGAAAGGGGCGGGGUUAUCUGCAGGGGCGUUUCUUCUUCUGUUGCUGUAACUUCCGGUGACACGCGCAGCCGGAAGGAGCAUUGAGCCGUAUGUGCACGAGUAAAUGCUGUGUUUUGCGGGAGACAAUUAUAUGACUUAUUAUUAUACAGGUGGAGCAGUCUCUGGUGCUGCAUUAUCAUCAUACAGAUAAGUGAAAAACCUUUGAGCCUUUACUAGAAGUCACUUAAGGUUGUGACGUGUCCUGUUUAUAUCACUGAGGAUGGACGAGGACAGGAGUCACACGACUGAGAGGAUACUAAAUCUCACGCUGGAGAUUAUCUACCUGCUGACUGGGGAGGAUUACACAGUAGUGAAGAAGACCUUUGGGGAGUGUGAAACACCCAGCAGCCGUACCCGUGUGUCAGUAGGACCAAGCAAGACCCAGAGUCCCAUCAUUGUGCUUCCACCUCGCUCACUGAUACAUGACAGAGACAAUGACCAGAAGAUCCUGGAACUCACCAAAAAGAUCAUUCAGCUGCUGACUGGAGAGGAGUGGCAGUAUAUAGAGGAACAGAGGUGUCUGUACAAGGACGUGAUGAUCCAGAAUCACCGGCCCCUCACAUCACUGGGUGGGGCCAGUAACAGGAAUACCCCAGAGAGAUGUCUCCGUCCUCCGUAUUCCCAGGAUCAUACAGAGGAGAAUCACUGUGUCCCACAGGAGGGUCAGAGUGAAGAUCUGACUGAUAAUAAGGUAGAAGAUACUGAGAGAGAAGAAGAGAUGUAUGUAACUGAUAUAAAGGCAGAAGAUACAGAGAGAGAAGAAGAAGAUACGUAUGUGACUGAUAUAAAGGCAGAAGAUCCAGAGGGAGAAGUAGGGACGUGCGUGACUGAUAAGGCAGAAGAUAUAAAGGAAGAAGAAGAUAUGUAUGUGACUCAUAUGAAGGCAGAAGAUACAGAGAUGGAGGAAGAUACGUAUGUGAUUGAUGUAAAGGCAGAAGAUCUAAAGGGAGAAGAGGAGACGUAUUUAACUGAUAUACAGGAAAAAGAUAAAGAGGGAGAGGAGGAGACGUGUGUGAGGGAUGAUCAGCAGUGUAAGGAGAAGGAAAUCCCCUCAGAUAGUGGCACAGAUGGAGGUUACAGCAGGAAAACAUUGGAAGAAUAUCUCAUUUUACCACCAAACUAUAAAAUAGAAGAUAACAUCAAACUGGAAUCUCCAGGAGAAAACUCAGUUUUCCCAAUUACACAUCCCGCACCUCACAGUGCAGAUCUGUCAUCUGAUCACCAUAACCAGGAGCAAUAUUAUGAUAACUUACAUACUGUUGCACAUAGCUCAGCUUUUAGAGAAGCCACCAUCUCUCCCUGUCCUAUAGAUGGCAGAUGUAUACAGGACACAAAGAUUAUUACUCAUCAGCCAGCUAAGGCUGAUGUGAAGCUAUUUCCAUGUUCGGAGUGUGGGAAAUGUUUUACAUAUAAAUCAAAACUUGUUACACAUCAGAGAAGUCACACAGGUGAGAAGCCAUUUUCAUGCUCUGAGUGUGGGAAAUGCUUUACAGAGAAAUCACAACUUGGUAUACAUCAGAGAAGUCACACAGGUGAAAAGUCAUUUACAUGUGCUGAAUGUGGGAAAUGUUUUACAUUUAAAUCACAACUUGCUAAACACCAAAAAAGGCACACUGGUGAGAUGCCAUUUCCAUGUGCUGAGUGUGGUAAAUGUUUUCUACAUCCAUCAGAUCUUGUUACACAUCAGAGAAUUCACACUGGUGAGAAGCCAUAUCCAUGCUCUGACUGUGGGAAAUGUUUUACACAGAAAGCACAUCUUGUCAUACAUCAAAGAACUCACACAGGUGAUAAGCCAUUUUCAUGUGCUGAUUGUGGUAAAUGUUUUACACACAAAUCACCUCUUGUUACACAUCAGAGAACUCACACCGGUGUACAGCCGUUUUCAUGUGCGGAGUGUGGGAAAUCUUUUACAUAUAAAUUACAACUUGUUAAACAUCAGAAAGCUCACACAGUGGAGAACCCAUUUUCAUGUGCUGAGUGUGAGAAACAUUUCACACACAAAUCACUUCUUAUUGGACAUCAGAGAACUCACACAGGUGAGAAGCCAUUUCAAUGCUCUGAGUGUGGAAAAAGUUUUACACAGAAAUCAUAUCUUGUCAUACACCGGAGAAGUCACACAGGUGAGAAGCCAUUUUCAUGUGCUGCGUGUGGAAAACCUUUUUCACAUAAAUCACCUCUUAUUAGACAUGAGAGAACUCACACAGGUGAGACACCAUUUCAGUGCUCUGAGUGUGGGAAAAGUUUUACGCAGAAAUCGUAUCUGGUCAUACAUCAGAGAAAUCACACAGGUGCGAAGCCAUAUUCAUGUGCUGAGUGUGGGAAAUCUUUUACAUGUAAAUCAAGACUUGUUACGCAUCAGAGAAUCCACACAGGUGAGAAACCAUAUCCAUGCUCUGAGUGUGGGAAAUGUUUUAUAGAGAAAUCACAACUUAGUAAACAUCAGAGAAGUCACACAGGUGAGAAACUAUAUCCAUGUUCUGAGUGUGGGAAAUGUUUUAUAGAGAAAUCAGAACUUGGUAAACAUCUCAGAAUUCACACAGGUGAAAAGCCAUAUCCAUGCUCUGAGUGUGGGAAAUGUUUUACACGUAAAUCACAUCUUGUUAAACAUCAAAGAAGUCACACAGGCGAGAAGCCAUUUCCAUGUGCUGAGUGUGGGAAAUGUUUUCCACAGCAAUCAGAUCUGGCUAUACAUCAGAGAAUUCACACAGGUGUUAAGCCAUACCCAUGCUCUGAGUGUGGGAAAUGUUUUACACAGAAAGCACAUCUUGUCAAACAUCAGAGAACUCACACAGAUGAUAAGCCAUUUUCAUGUACUGAGUGUGGGAAAUGUUUUACACAUAAGUCACAGCUUAUUAGACAUACAAGAACUCACCCAGGUGUGAAGCCUAUAUCUUGUUAGACAUAAGACGGUAAUUAGAUGUGCAAAGGCACAAGCUGAGGAGAAUAUGGCCCAGUUAUUGAGUAAAGCAGGCAUAACUUUUUUUUUUAGGUAUGUAAGGGAAAGGAUAAAAACAAAAGGCGGAAUAAUAAGACUGAAGACAGAAUGGGAGUCUGGUUGAGAGAGACGAUGUAAAAGCAGAUCAUCUUAGUAAUUAUUUUUGCUCAGUAUUCCCUACUGAGAGUGGAAUGGGCCACGGUUAACUGGUAGGGAUAUUCAGAAAAAUGAAACAAAUACAUUUACAGAGGAGAAGGUCCUAACAACUCUCAAAGCUGAAAGUGGAUAACUCAAAGGGGCCAGAUGGGAUACAUCCAGGGAUACUAAAAGAGCUUAAAGGGGUGCUGGUAGCACCAUUAACAGAAAUAUUCAACCAGUCACAAGCUACAGAGGACUAGAAAAGAGCAAAUGUAGUCCCACUGCGCAAAAGUGGAAGUAAGGAAGAGGCAAGCAACUACCGCCUAGUGAGCCUUACAUCAGUAGUAGGGAAAUAGAAACACUCUUAAAAUAAAAAGUUGGAGAUUAUUUCAAAUCUAGCAAUUUAUAGGAUCCCAAACAGCAUGGAUUCAAUGGGGGGAGAUCAUGUCAAACAAACCUUAUUGACUUUUUUGAAUGUGUGUCUAAAUAGAUAACGGUGGAGCCAUAUAUAUAUAUAUAUAU